GGAUAACAACAAGCGCCGGAUACUCCAGGAAGAGGAAACGCUGCCCGUGGAAGACCAGAUCCUGCCGAAGAGAGGUACGCAUCGGCAACGAGUUCACCUUCGAGGGGCGAAUAUCGGCAAACCGGUAACGUUGGUACUAGCCUGCUGGUGUUUUUGAUCGUCACCAGGCGAGUCAGGUACCUACCGACGGGGCCGCGCUGUUGGUACUAGUCCAAUGAGGUGAGUCGUAAGGUUUUUUACGGGUAGACUCGGGCCGUCGGGUGACCUUGGUGGUACGCGCCGGGAAUCAGGGGUGCUGGUCAGCGGAACGAGUCUGCCAGUAUAAGCCUGCGGUGCGUCACCUCUUUAGGCAUGGUGGUUACCCGCAGCCAGGGUGAAGCUGCAGAAGUGGAGGACCGGAGCCAGGAGACAGAGCGUGUGCGGCAAGAACGAAUGCGGCGGCUGGUGCUGGACCCGCUGGCAUCGCCGUCUGACGCACGCUUGACGUCAGCCACAGACACAAUGGAGAUCCCGCCGCAACCGCGACGGCAUUCGCCAGCGAGAUCCGCUAGAUCGGUGCGGUCGUCGGCGAGUACGGCGCGGCGGAUUAAGGCGGCGGAAUUAGAAGCGGCAGAGCGACUCGCCGCUAUCCAGAGAAAAGAACUACAAAUUGAGAAAGAACUAAUAAAUAAACGCUUACAGUUCGAGGUGUCCGCCAUACAGGAAGACGAGGGCCUGCCGGAAGAUACCGUCACCGCGACAGAAGAACGAAACAAGGUGGACGAGUGGCUCCAGUCACAUCCUGUGCCGAAGGAUGACAGACACCAGCGAUCCGAACUAAGAAGAGGAAGAUCGCCGACGCCGACCAGAAGAACGGGAAUAGAGCAGCUGGCGGCGUCCCUAGAGAAGAUGGCGCGACCGCGCCUACGCCACGCGGACCUUCCGAUAUUUUCAGGUGCGAUUGAAGAGUGGCUGCCGUUCCGAGCAGCCUACCGGGACACAAGCAGCAUGUACCAAGUGUCCGACGCAGAAAACAUCCAGCGGCUGCGUACCUGCCUGAAGGGGGAAGCAAGGGACGCCGUGGCAGCGCUGCUUCACACUGCUUCAUCACCUGAAGCAGUCAUGAAAACUUUGGAGCAGUGCUUCGGGAGGCCCGAGAUAAUAAUCGACAGGGCCAUGGAAGACCUGAGGAAGCUGCUGCGACCUGGAGCAGCGGCCAAGGACAUCAACUGCUUCGCGGUAAAAGUGCAAAACGAAGGCACAGCGGAUCCAGAGAUCGUGGUGCUGUCCCGCUUCCUCAUGAGAGAGGCGGACCGGGCGCUUCGCUACACCUACGCGCCGAUGAGCAGCACUGCACCAGCGCGCAGAGACGUCGCAGCAGCAGCAGCAGCGCGACCUGCUCCACCGAAAAGGAAGUCUGCAGUAUACACCAUGGUCUCCGGUGAAGAUGAAGAAGAGAAGAAAAAAGAGAAGCCAGAAGAGAAGAAAGAAGACUUCUGCCUGUGCUGCGGGCGCGACCACGCUAUGGUUGCCUGCCCGCGCUACGCCAAGCUGUCGGUGGAUGAGCGGUGGGCGCUGGUCAGGGAAAAGGGCGCCUGCUUCAAGUGCGCCACGAAGAGACAUCGGCGCAGCUACUGUCGAGCGAAACCAUGCGGCGUGAACCAGUGCCGCCGCCCGCAUCACUCAUCACUGCACGACGUAAGAAGAGAAGAGCCUGCUGCGUCGACCGAAGAAACCGUCAUGGCGGUUGCUGACCGCGCAACCGCACCGCCCCGCGCCGUCCUGCUGAAGAUGUGUCCAGUCACCGUCGUCGGCCCACGGGGGGAGGUAUCGACGCACGCACUGCUCGAUGAGGGCUCCACCAUCACCCUCAUUGAUGAGGACCUGGCGCAACAGAUCGGCGCCGAAGGUCCCGCCACGCCGCUCCGCAUCCACGGGGCGAACAUGGAGCAGAUUGAAGAAGGAAGUCGGCUGGUGACGGUGCAGCUGCGGGGGCAGAGCGACGGGACACUACACGACCUGCGCGCCCGCACGAUGAAGAAGCUGCAGUUGCAUCAGCAGUCCAUCCCGGGAUCCCUGCUUCGGUACAGACAUCUGCGCGACAUACCGGAACGUGAGGUAUGUUACGAACAAGCACGCGCUGGUGUCCUGGUGGGUACCGACCACUGGGAGCAUAUCGUGACCAGAGAACUUCGGACGGGCGGCGCCGACGAACCUGCCGCCUCCAAGACAAAUCUCGGCUGGGUGAUACAUGGAACAACGCCGCGUCGAAUGAUCGUCGAAAAGGACUGCGUGCUUCACGUCCGAGAACAACAAGCGGACCAACGGCUGCACGACCUGGUGGCAGAGCACUUCAAGAUCGAAUCACUGAACAUAGCCAGCAGACCGCGCAUCAGUGACGCCGACCGACGAGCGACAUCCAUCGUCGAGACGACUACGAAGAAGACGCCGGGCGGGUACGAGAUCGGCCUGCCAUGGAAGAGGGAUAAUGUCCGCAUGCCGCCGAGCUACAAUGCCGCGCUGCGGAGACUUCUGAAGAUUGAAGCAAAGAUGGACGCCGCGCCGGAAUUCGCAGCCGAGUACACCAAGCAGAUGAACAACUUAUUCGAGAAAAGGUAUGCGGUUCCGUGCGAUGGCAGUGAAGGCAAGAGCAGCGUGUGCUGGUACCUGCCGCAUUUUGCUGUGACCAAUCCCAACAAACCAGGGAAGCAGCGAUUGGUCUUUGAUGCGGCAGCCAAAAGCCACGGGACUUGUUUAAAUGAUGAACUACUUGAGGGCCCAGACUUGCUACUAUCACUGCCAGGUAUAUUAUUUCGAUUCAGGGAAAAGGCAGUGGCAGUCACAGCAGAUAUAGAGGAGAUGUUCUUACAAGUGAAAAUAAGACCCGAAGACCAGCCAGCGCAGCAGUUUUUAUGGAGGGGAAGCCGACGCGACACGCCGCCACAGCACUAUAAGAUGACGUCCAUGAUAUUCGGCGCAGCGAGCUCUCCAUUUAUGGCGCAUUACAUCCGUAAUCAUAAUGCGCAGCAGCACGCAGAACAGUAUCCAAUGGCGCUGGAAGCGAUCACGAAGAGUCACUACAUGGACGAUCUGGUGGUGAGCUACGCCGACGCAGAGGAAGCCAGACAAGCGAUCGAAGAAAUACGGACAGUGCACGCAGCGGCAGGCUUCAAGCUACGAAGAUGGAACACCAGCGACAGGAGCGUGCUGAGGGACGUGCCACGAGAACUGCACGCCAGCACACCAACGCAGCUGGGAGGAGCGCAGCCAGCCCCGAAGAUCCUCGGGCUAGUUUGGGACGCCGAGCAAGACGCGCUAGGAUUCAACACAGCAAUGAACAGGGUACCGGUGGAGGUGCGAGAUCGCAAGCGCCCACCAACCAAGCGCGAAGCAUUAAGUGCGGUCAUGUCAAUUUAUGACCCACUAGGCCUCUUAAGUUAUUUCACCAUCCGUGCUAAAAUCAUAUUGCAGAGCCUGUGGCGCCUCCAGAUUUCGUGGGACGAGCCGAUACCUGAAGAAGAGGGCGAGCAUUUUGCAGGCUGGCUGUCGCAGCUGGAAACAGUCGGCGCACUACGUUUGCCGCGAUGCUACGCAACGGACAACGUCGAAGACAUCGAGCUGCACGUGCUAUGCGACGCCAGUGAACAAGCAUAUGCAGCCGUGGCGUACUGGCGUAUGCGGCGAACGGACGGCAGCGUGCAAGUGAAACUCGUCUCGGCGAAAGCGAAGGUGGCACCACGACGCGCGCAGACGAUCCCGCGCCUAGAACUUCAAGCGGCGGUGAUCGGCGCAAGACUCGCUGAUCAGAUAAGAAGAGAGCACAGGUAUGACAUAUCUCGUACUUGGUUUUGGACAGACUCAUCGACGGUGGUGCACUGGGUGCGCAACGAUGCAAGGAGAUACACGCCGUUCGUCGCGCAUCGCCUCGGUGAGAUUGGAGAACUAACACAAAGGGAAGAGUGGCGGUGGCUGCCGACUCACGAAAACGUUGCCGACGACGCCACCCGCCUAAGUUUCACCACGGGACAUGAUCGAUGGUUCCAGGGUCCAGAAUUCCUGAUGAAGACGGAGGACCAGUGGCCCACGGAGAAGGAACUUCGAGAAACUACGGACGAAGCUGAUGUACUGCAUGUAAGCGAGCUGCCACGGAAGAUGGAAUGGCUGCCGGAUCCAGAGCGCUUCUCCAAAUUCCGCACACUGGUGGGAGCAACAGCAAGGGUACUCGCAUUCAUUGACAUACACAUCAGACACACGGCGACGAGACUAGAAUGUCGCCACCUGGAACAAGCCGAACGACUGUUGGUGCAGCGCGCACAGAACGACAGCUUUGGGGAAGACAUAAAGCGAAUCAAGGACGGGCGCCCCAUCAGCAGAUCCAGUAGGCUGUACAAACUGGACCCGGUAAUGGAAGACGGCGUGCUGAAAGUAAGGGGCCGCAUAAACGCAGCCACGGCACCCGACACGAUGAAGAAGCCGGUAAUCCUCGACGGCCGGCACAGAAUAACCAGACUAAUAGUGUUACAGGAACAUUGUGCCGCCGGACACGCCAACCGCGAGCGUGUCACCAACGACCUGAGGCAGCGCUACUGGGUCAUCCACCUGCGGCCCACAGUGCGCGCCGUAGAGAAGAACUGCGCGCUGUGCCGAGUACGCCGAGCAAUGCCGCAGGUCCCAGCCAAAGGGGACUUGCCGCGCGCUCGCCUCGACCCGUUCCACCGACCUUUCACCAACUGCGGGGUCGACUACUUCGGGCCAAUGAUGGUCAAGAUCGGACGAAGAAGAGAGAAGAGAUGGGGCGCGCUGUUCACAUGCCUGACAUCGCGCGCCGUGCACCUGGAGCUCGUCGCGUCUCUAUCAACGGACUCAGCCAUCAUGGCGCUGAGGAGAAUGGCGGCGCGCAGAGGGUGGCCUCGUCUGAUGUACUCAGACAACGGAACAAACUUCAGGGGCGCCGAUCAAGAACUGAAGAAGGCGUACAACGAGUGGGCGCCGGCGCUACAAGAAGAAGCGCUGCGCCACCGAAUGGAGUGGCGCUACAUACCGCCGGGUGCGCCACAUCAAGGCGGUGCUUGGGAGCGGCUGGUGCGGUCAGUGAAGACCGCGCUCGGCGCGACACUACGGGAGAAGGCGCCACCAGAAGAAGUGCUGCAGACUCUGCUCACCGAGGCAGAGUUCGCGGUGAACGCAAGGCCGCUGACUCACGUGAGCGUGAGCCCAGACGACCCCGAAGCCCUCACACCCAACCACUUCCUGUUGGGCUCCUCAACGGGACUGCCGACGACGGGGCCGUGCGACGAAGCAGACCGACGGACCUGGCGCGCCAGCCAGGCGCUCGCCGACCACUUCUGGCGCCGAUGGAUCAAGGAGUACCUACCGACGCUCGUGCCACGGGGGGAGGCGCGAAAGGACACGCGACGCCUCGAGGAAGGUGACGUGGUCAUCAUCGUGGACCACGUCUUGCCGCGCAACACAUGGCCCAUGGGGGUCGUGGUGCGCGUUCACGCCGGGCCGGACGACGCUGUGCGGGUAGCCGAAGUGAAGACCAAGAGCGGGAUCUUCAGACGCCCCGUCAGCAAGCUCGUCGUGAUGAAGGAGGCUACGCAAGCUACGCCGGGGGGAGGACUGUAAAGGACGAGCAUACUAUCAAGGUCAAGCGCAGGCGACAACGGGGCUCCCCACACAGCGACGCCACGUGUAUGGAGCGGAGUUUCAACGCUACACGUGGAAGAAGAGGCGCACCGCGGUUUUGACGAGGCGCACCGCGGUUUCGACUAUCGCGUUCUACACAGUACGCCACGUGUAUUGCGUCUGCACGUGGAGGAGGCGUGGCCUAGGCGGCACAUGCAAGACAGCCGCCGCCGCUUUGAGCCGCCGCCGCCGCUUUGUGUCUCGCCGCCGGGCGAUGGCCUUGUAGCUCGCCGCAUCGCUUUGUAUCUCGCCGCCAGCAACGCAUAUAAAUAGCGAACAUUUUGGAACUAAAGUCAGUUGCAGCAAGUCCUUCUUCAAGACUAGUAGGGAAGAAGUAAUAGUGAAUAAGUAAUAGUGAAUAUGUAAUAGUGAUUAAGUAUAAAUUGUAAUAGUGUACAUAAGGGUCGAUAAUAUAUGUAUGUCGAAGGAAGGGUGUUUUCUUGAACACAAAC